AUGCUGCUCAGAGGAUUACGAGCCUGUGCUGAGCGUGCCUCAAAGCCGCACACGACAAACUUGGAUCGAAUUUCGAAGACCACCAAGGAAUUGUUGGAAAGAAGAAUGACUUUGAGGUUUGAUCCGAAUGCAUCGCAAAUUGAUCGGCAGAAGAAGAUUCUGGGAGCAGUACAAAGAAGAACGAGUCUAAAGAAGUGCCGCAGGGAUCUCCGCGAAUAUAAUAUUCCGCUAGCAGCCUUGCUGAGCGAAGACGGGACUCGCACGUCUUCUCGUCGUGAGAUGGAAAUCAUUGCGGAGAGACCGAUCAUCCCUUUUGGUGAAUUUCCACCACUGGUUCUACCUUCGGAAUUACGAGUCGCUAUCAAGAGCGUGAAACCUGGCACAUCCCCCAGACCUGAUUUUGUAUCAGCACACUUUCUUCGGGCUGGUCGCCAUCCACUUCAUGUAAUCUUAGCAGCGCACAUGACAUCUACCUUCAGAAAGAAAGGAUCUCAGACCAUGGAAGACCUUGCAAACCGUUCUUAUCCAUAA